AUGCUGCGCCUUCACUUGUCGCUGGCGGCGGCUCGGAGCGCUGCCGUGAAUGGCUCGGCGCCCGGCACCGGAGAGAGUCUGCCCCGGGCACCGGGAGCCCCACGGCCCACCCGGCCCAGCCCGGCUUCUGGCGGCGUGACAGCGAACGGUGACAGCGAGCCAGGGCGGCGGCGGCGGCGGCGAAAGGGCGCGGAGAACGGCGGGGAAGGGUCGGUGCCCGGGGCGAAGAGGGAAGCGGGCGGCAUGGUGAGGAAGGGGCAGAGCCCGGGCGCCUCUCGCCGGAUCUGCGCCGACGCAGAGGAAUCUCAGGCGGACGAGAGCGACCACUCGGGUUACGACACGGCCGCCGGCUACUCGGAUUUUUACGAGAGCUUCAGCGAGUGUGCGGAAUCUCCGCCAAGCAACGGCGAUGCCGGGACGGAAGACUGCGCCGGGGAUUUGCGCUCUUGCCUGGGAUCGCAAGCGGAGCGGAAGGAACCGGUCUCGAACUCAGGACGAGAGGGGAGUUCCUCCUCCAGCGCGCUGCUGUGGGAUCAGCCGCAGCCGAGCAGCGGCGACGAGGCACAUUACAUCAGUACCCAUGAGAUCCAGCUCUACGAACUGGAUCAUGAUGGCGAAAGCGCGCUGGGUGCCGGCUGGGAUGCGGAGGAGAGCAGCGCCUGUUACUCCUGUAGAGACAGCAGCUCCUUCGAGAGCGACGCGUCCGAGGGAAGUUCCCGGACGCCUCUGGGCACAAGUAACGCCGGAGAUCCGCCACCACCGGCUCCGGGCACCGGUUCCCCCGCUCGGCCAGUUGCUGGCGCCCGGAGCGCCAGUCCGCCUGAGUGCGGGAAUUCCGGCGGGCGGUUUCGCCUGUCCAUUCGGGCGGACUCCCGGGCCGUGAGCGAAGGGACUGCAGCCCAGGAAAGGGGGAACUUGGCCCCCGACAAUUUCCUGGGGCCGGGGAACCAGCGCAAGGAGGAAAACAUGACCAAACUCCAGACGGCGGGAGAUGGCGCCCAGGGCGCAAGUUCUCGCCCCAAUGUCCCUCCCGGCGCCGGGGUGAAAUCCAACUGGAAAGCCUUUGGAAAUUCCAGCGGGACUUCCAGUGCCGUCAGCGAGCUGGACGACGCCGACAAGGAGGUGCGCUCUCUUACCGCCCGAACUUUCCGCAGCCUUGCCUGCGCCGGCGACGAAUAUCUGGACACUUUCAGCGCCGGUUACAGGACAUCCACCGACCUGUCGUCGGACGAGAUGGUUGCCCACAACCGCUGCGCCACUUACAUCGAUCUCAAGUGCCGCAACACCGCGGGCGAGAAGGCGCCGGUCGAAUUUCCGACCAAAAGCGCAAAAUUGGGCGCCGGGCAAGGAAACGGAGACCAGCGGGCGGAAUCCACGCCCCUCCCCGCCCCUGUUAACGAGCGGCAGGCAAAGGUGGCGGACAAGCAGACCUCCAGAAGGCAACUGCAUCUGUCCGGGAAAUUUGAACAGAUUGGAUCCAGGGUUAUAACUUUAACUGAGACCUUAAACUUCAGAUACGAUGUCAAGGAGCACACCCCGGCCAGGCGAGAGGGCGAAAGGCGAGUGGAGUUGGCCCGAGCUGUGGUCGGAUCGCGUUGCGCCGAUGAGGUUACCGAGGGCAUGCCGAGGGAGGAGGCAGGAGACAUCAGUAGAGGGAGCAGCAAGGCGGCGGAGGCAAUGGAGGGCGCGCAGAAGAAAUCCAAAUUCGCCUCCAAUCUCUUGCAAAAUGUCAUCUGGAAGAAAAUGCAAUUCGAGCAGGAGCUGAAGAUGGAGCGCGGCGAGAUAAGUGACACCUCGUUCGCCGGCCGGACCAGCCCGCCCGCCGCUGAACUGCCCAAGGCGCCUCCGCCGCAGUGUGAGGUGGAACCCAAUUCCAGCGGACUUUCCGGCGGAAGCGCGGAAACUUCCCCCGUCCCCCCCGGAGAGAACGGCGGCGGCGAGCCUACGCCGGGCGACAACCCUCCGGCGCCCGGCCACGCCCGGCCGGUGACGGGCGAGCCCGCGGACGGGUGCAAGGGCACCUUGCCCCGGAGUCAGCACAGCGCCUUCAGAUCGUGGAAGGAGGGCGAGCAGCAGACUCCCGGCGCCGGGAAUAAGCCGGCGCAGCGGGUCCGGGCGGAGAUUGGCGGCCACCCGCUCUGCAAGGAGACCAAGAUGUCUCACCUCUUCGUGCCCAGCAUCCAGAAGGCGCCCGGCCGGAGCGAGCCGCCGGCGGUCAAGCCCACGACGACGGCGGAGGGCGAUGCAAUCCGGGCGGCGGGCGGCGACGCCCCUUCCAGGUCGCCCGAGAUCAAAAUCCGACUGAGGAACGUGAAGGGCGGCGGACAGAGCCCGUUCAGCAUCGCCAAGCUGUUGACGCCCAAGCUGGCGGGCGGCGGCGGGCGGAGCGCCCCGGGAGCGGCGGGCGGGGAGCGCGCCGAGGACGGCCGGGCGCGCGCGCCGCCCUUCACCGUGCGCGACGUCCGGGACAACAUCCACAAGCUGCAGGCGCCCAUUCACCAGGUGAGGGAUGUGAGGAAGCUGGUCAAGAGCUCCUACCACGUCCUGACGCUGGACGGCGGCGGCAGCGGUCUGGCACCCGGUCGGGCUCGGAGCCCCAGCCCGGGCGUCGAGCAGCCGCCCUCGCUGCCCAUCGUCAUCAAGUGCCAGGCGGUGAGCAGGAAGGAGCUGCCCGGCGCCCGAGCCGAGCCCGAGGACGCCGAGCCCGCUGCCAAGAACGGCGCCGCCUUCGUGCACCGGGCGUCCGGGCGUCUCCCGCUCCACGAGGCGGCGGGCGGCCGAGGACCAGGCGGGAGCCCGCCGGCCGCCGAGAGGCGAGGAGGAGGCGCCCGGGCGACGAGCAGCAGCAACCGGCUGGCGCUGGAGAAGCUGACGGCGGCGGUGCGCACCAUGGAGCAGCUCUACGUCUUCGACAACAACGAGUGGAGGCGCAAGAACGAGGCGGGUCCUGUGCCCGGGUCUCUGGCGGGCAGCCACGUCCUGUCACUGAUCGCCAGCGAGGAGGGCUCGGGCUCGGGCUCGGGUCCGGGCGCCCCGCCGGGCGGCGGCGGCGGCGGAGGUUCAGCACCGGCGCCCCGGACCGAGCAGGAGCCGCUUCCCGCCAAGGAGGCGGCGCGGGUGUCCGCCAAGCCGCCGCCCGUGCCCGCCGCCCGGAGCCAAGCCCGCGACCCGCCCAAACCACCCCCUCCGCCGGUCGGCAGGGUCGCCGGGCCGCAACUCUUCGCCGUGGCGCCGGUGGCCCCGCAGCCCUCGCCGCUGGGCAGGAAGGCGGGCGUGGGCUCGCCGCCCGACUGCCGCCCGCUCCGGGAGCAGCCGCGCCCGGCGGAGGGGGAGGAGAAAGAGGAGGAGGCGGUGUCCCAGCAGAAGCCGCUGCACCCGCCGCCACCGCCGCCCGAGCAUGAGAACUACCUGACCAUCCCGGUGAAGAAGCCGCCCAGCGCCGCCCGGGAGCCGUCGCCACCCGCCGUCUACCAGCACCAGCAGGCUCAGCUCAUCCGCCUCACCCCGCCGGCGCUGGAGCCGCUCAGCCCGGGCAAGGUGCAACAGGUGCCGCCCGUCCUGGUGGACAGCCCGUCGGUGCCCUGUUUCCCGGUGCCACAGACCCAGCGGAGGAUGUUGCUGGACCCUGCCACCGGCCAGUACUACCUGGUGGACACGCCAGUGCAGCCCGCCCGCAGGCGGCUCUACGACCCGGAGACCGGGCAGUACGUGGACGUGCCGCUACCUCAGCAGCCGGUGGCCCCCAUGCCGAUGCCCAUGUCGCCAAUCGCCAUCAGCCCGGGCACCUACGGACCCACCUACAUGAUCUACCCCGGGUUCCUGCCACCGCCGACUGUACUACCCACCCUGCCACCUGCCCCGGACACGGAAUGCAGUGAGACCGGCAAAGGCAGUGGCGCCCCGAGGCUACAAGCCGAGCCCCAGUACCUGGAGAGCCCCUAUUACUUCCCGACCGGAAAAUCCUUGCCCAGCGGCCGGACGACAACGGGCAGGGGCUGCAAAGGGACGUCGGAGGCUAAGCCCCUCAUCAGCAUCACCUCCCAGCAAGGACCUCGGAUCAUCGCCCCUCCCUCCUUCGAUGGAACCACCAUGAGCUUUGUGGUCGAGCACAGAUGAGGACUCUUCCCACGCCGCACGAGGAGAUAAGGAUGAAGAAAG